CGGCAACGAUGAAGGACAUAACAACGACAUCAGAACGAUAAGGAGACGACGACGACGAAGCGUCGACGAUGGCGGUAACGAAAGAGGGACGUCCUUCGCGGCCGCCGGGCCAUUUGUCUCGCUUCAAGGAGUGAUGGUAGCGUCGCUGCUGUUGCGCCUGCCACUUUCCAGUUGCUCGCAUCCACGCUACUCCCGCUUCAGCUGCACGAUUCCUGUCUCAGGUCCAUCGCUUCUCACCCCUGGGAGAGUUGGUGAGCGGAUCAGAGCCUUGGUUGUGCAAUUUGGCGACAUGGGUCUUCACGCCGGCGUUGAUGUGCCCAGGCGUGGGCUAUUCAUUGAUGGCGAGUGGGUGGACCCUGUCCUCGGCAAGCGCAUCCCGAUCGUAAACCCUACCACGGAAGAGACCGUGGGGGAUAUUCCGGCUGCGACGUCGGAAGAUGUCGAUGCAGCAGUUAAGGCGGCGAAGGAAGCUUUUUAUCGCAACAAGGGGAAGGAUUGGGCUAAAGCUGGUGGGAAACACCGGGCUACAUUCCUUCGAGCGAUUGCCAAAAGGGUGGCUGAGAGGAAGUCAGAGCUUGCAAAGCUUGAGUCCAUCGAUUGUGGCAAGCCCAUCGAUGAAGCUGAAUGGGAUAUGGAUGAUGUUUCAGGUUGUUUUGAAUACUAUGCAGACCUGGCGGAGAAAUUAGACGAGAGACAGUAUGCCCCUCUCGAACUCCCCAUGGAACAGUUCAAGUGCAACAUCUUGCGAGAGGCCAUAGGAGUUGUUGGUCUCAUCACUCCCUGGAAUUACCCUAUGCUUAUGGCUACAUGGAAAGUUGCUGCCGCGCUUGCAGCUGGGUGUACUGCAAUAUUGAAACCAUCCGAGCUUGCCUCUGUCACCUGCUUGGAGUUAGCAGGUAUAGCGAAGGAUGUUGGACUUCCACGAGGUGUCUUGAAUGUGGUCACUGGAUAUGGACAUGAGGCUGGAGCACCCUUGGCCUCACAUUCAGGUGUAGAUAAGAUAGCCUUCACUGGAAGUACGGCCACUGGCAGGUCAGUCAUGAGCGCGGCAUCACAGCUCAUCAAGCCGGUUACUUUGGAAUUGGGUGGAAAGAGCCCCAUCAUAGUUUUUGAUGAUGCUGAUGUUGAAAAAGCUGUUGAAUGGGCUAUGUUUGGAGCGUUCUGGACAAACGGCCAGAUCUGCAGUGCAACGUCACGACUGUUACUGCAGGAGGGUAUUGCAGAUGAAUUUCUAAAGAAGCUAGGCAUUUGGGCUUCAAGCAUCAAGGUGUCUGAUCCUUUGGAAAAAGACUGCCGAUUGGGACCACUUGUUAGUGAGGGUCAGUAUGAAAAGGUGCAGAAAUUUGUGAAAGUGGCUCUGGAUGAGGGAGCCACUCUUGUCUGUGGUGGCAAGCGACCAGAUCAUUUGACCACAGGAUACUUUCUAGCACCUACCGUUCUUUCAAAUGUCAAACCUCACAUGCAAAUCUGGACGGAUGAGGUGUUUGGACCAGUCUUGGCUGUGUCCACUUUUAAAACGGAAGAGGAAGCUCUCGCAUUGGCAAAUGACACCCAGUAUGGGCUAGCCGGUGCUGUCAUUUCUAAGGAUGACGACAGAUGCAAGCGUGUUUCAGAGGCCUUGGAAGUAGGUAUCGUAUGGAUAAAUUGUUCGCAACCCUGUUUCUGUCAAGCUCCUUGGGGUGGCAACAAGCGUAGUGGUUUUGGCCGUGAGUUGGGAGAAUGGGGUCUGGAGAACUAUUUAUCCGUGAAGCAAUUGACGCGGUAUAUCUCGACUGAUGACUGGGGCUGGUAUCCCAAGCCUUCCAAGUUGUAAGAGCAGUAUAUUUACAGACAUACAUAUGUUAAAAGGUUCCGUGGCUAUAAACUCUUUGAAGAAUUCAGUGAUCAUAGUCAGGAAUCAGUGUUAAAUCACUUGUAGUGAGUAUCGUGGGUUUAUGUAUCCUGUGAAAAGCUAAGCCUUAAGCUUUUUCAGUGUACUCCAUACGUUUUGGCUUGAAGCUAAAAUCAACUAUUGGACUCUCGAUUAUGUAAUGCAUUGGCUGGUGUGACUUAAAUUUGCACUCAAUAAUCAUCCAAAAAUAACUUCGACAGAAA